UUCCAGUUAAACGUGAGCCACUGCAGUGAGGGAAAGUGUUUGUGGAAAAAAAUUAAGAAAGAAGGAUAGAUUAAUUGCCUCCAAAUGGGUGCUAAUGAAUCAAUGGAGGAAAUGAUUGCUAUGGAAAAUUACCAAUGGUAUGCAAAAUUCAUGAAAGAAUGCCCAUCUGGACAACUUACCAUGUAUGAAUGCAAGAAGAUCCUUGGUCUUGAAAAUUCAACUACUCUGGCAAAUAAUUAUGUUGAAAAAGUAUUCAAUAUUUUUGAUACAAAUAAGGAUGGAUUUAUUGACUAUUUGGAGCUUUUAGCUGCUAUAAAUCUGGUGAUACGUGGGAAAAUUGACCAAAAAUUGAAAUGGUAUUUUAAACUUUAUGAUAUUGAUGGGAGCGGAACAAUUGACAAAAAAGAAGUAAUAAGCAUAUUAAUGGCUGUUCAAACCAUCAAUAACAACCAAGACAUGACUCCUGAAGAAUUGACAAGCCUGAUUUUUCAGAAGAUAGAUGUAAACAAUGAUGGGGAACUGAGCUUAGAAGAACUCAUGAAUGGAGUGGAAAAAGAUGAACAUUUCCAGGAAAUUAUUUCAAAGAGCUUUGAGCUCUCCAAUGUACUGAAAAUUAUACAAAGUGAGAGAAGACACAGCAUCUGACGCAUAUUAUAAAUGGCACUUGCGAUAAAAAGAACAAUUCCAGGAAGAAGAAAAAAACUGGGCACACAUUUUUUUUCCUGUCUGACAUAUUAUUGACAGUUUCCCAAAUCCAGAAGUGAGAAAGUCCAAAAUAAAUCUUCACCGUGCUAAGCUAUUGAAAGUAGCUUGACAAUGCCCAAAAGGUUUGUUUUUCUCUCUCCCUGAAACAGAAAUAUUUUCUUUCCUACCCAGAAAGCAUCCUAUUUAACUUUCUGUUCUCAGGCUAAACUAUACUUAGUGUUCCUCAACCUCCUUAGUACAUGUUAAUUUGUGUAAAUGCUACAUUUUUAAAGUCUCUUGCUUUUUUGUUAUCAUCGUAAGCUUUAAAAAUUACAGUUUAGUUUUUUUUCUGUGUUCCUUACAACUGUACUCUGUAUAGUUUUAUUAAAGUGAACCUCUUUUUGAAAUCUCAUUUCCCUGAACUUUCUCAGAAUUCAUUCUUUGUAUUGUGUUGUUUUCUAUUGUAUUGUUUUAUUGUUUGUUGAUAAAUAAAUAUAGAAAAACCCCACUCUGUU